AUGUCGGAAGGUCCAGAUACGCCGCCCUUUAGCACUGUGGAUAUUAAUAACGAUAACAGGGAUGACGAAGAUCUGUUCGCGUCUGCGGUCCAGGAAGUUAGUUUGGAUUCUGAAGUGAAUGGAGCCCGUGAAGGUCUUGACAAGGUCACUAUCAGUGAUGCUCCAUCGAUCACCGCUUCACUAAGCAGCCCAAUUAUGGAGGAGAUAGCAACAGAACGCGCGAACAAUAUAAUAAUAACCGUAACAGAACCACAAAAAAUCGGUGAAGGCAUGAGUUCCUACGUCGCCUAUCGUGUGCUCACCAAGACCAACAUGCCUAUAUUCAGCAAACAUGAUUUUGCUGUGCUAAGGCGAUUCAGCGACUUCCUUGGACUACAUGAGAAGCUAACAGAGAAAUAUCUCCGGUCAGGGAGGAUCAUACCACCUGCACCUGAAAAAAGUAUAGUUGGUACAACAAAACUGAAAAUGACAUCUACACCGUCAACUGAAAACGCUAAUGGCAGCAGCGCGACAGGCAGCGUACAGUCACAGUUUGUGGAGAGGCGCCGUGCGGCCCUCGAGCGUUUCCUCAACCGUGUGGGACAACACCCAGUGCUGUGCAUCGAUCCUGAUUUCAGGGAGUUCCUUGAGUCAGACACAGAGCUGCCAAAAGCUACCAGUACCUCGGCCCUCAGUGGUGCUGGAGUGCUGCGUCUCUUCAACAAGGUCGGCGAGACAGUCAACAAGAUUACGUACCGGAUGGAUGAAUCAGAUCCUUGGUUCGAGGAGCGGUCGUCGCGCAUCGAGGCGCUGGAGGUGUGCCUGCGGCGGCUGCUGGGCGCGUGCGAGGCGCUGGCGGGCGAGCGGCGCGAGCUGGCGGCGCGUGCGCACGACGCCGCGCGCGCAUGCGCCGCGCUGUCCGGCGCCGACCCGCACGCGCCGCUCUCGCGCGCGCUCUCGCACACCGCAGACCUGCACGAGAAGAUAGAGCAUUUACGCUUGGAACAGUCAAACACCGACUUCUACGUCCUAGCCGAGCAUGUAAAAGACUACCUGGGACUUAUUGGCGCUAUCAAAGACGUCUUCCAUGAGAGAGUCAAGGUAUUCCAAAACUGGCAGCACGCCCAGAUGCAGUUAACGAAGCGGAGAGAGAACAAAGCUAAGGCAGAGCUGGCGAACAGGCCAGAAAAAAUUGAACAGUCUGCGAGUGAAAUUAUUGAAUGGGAGUCGAAAGUAGAGCGUGGACAACAAGAGUUCGAUACGAUAUCGCGCGUGAUCAAAAAGGAGUUAGAGCGAUGGGACGAGCUGCGUCUUGCCGAACUGCGAGCCGCGCUACUGCGUUAUCUAGAUGAACAUAUGAAGCACCAGGCUCAGUCGAUGCGCUACUGGGACGCGUUCCUGCCGGAGGCUCGUGCGAUCAAAUGA